AUGUCAUUGACAAGUGUUUUCUCAAUAAUAUUUAUAUCGUGCUUGUGCUAUAAUAUUCAUCUAGUACAAACGCGACGUGCAAAGCAUGGCGUGCGUGAAAUCAGUGCUAAACAAUACCAGUGUUUUUCAAUAUCAGAGAAUUCCAAUGACUUUCGUAAUAGUUUACUUCGGCCUUUAUUAAUUCAAAGGGUGUCUGGUACAUCAGGAAAUGCACAAGCUAGACAAUUUAUUUUAUCAAAAUUACGAUCACUUAAUAUGUGGGAUAUUGAACUUGACACAUUUGACGAGAGGACACCAGAUGGGAAUGUUGAAUUCACGAAUAUAAUAGCUACACUUGAUCCACGAGCAACUCGUCGUCUUGUUCUUGCUUGUCAUUAUGAUUCAAAAAAACUGCCAAAUUUUGUUGGUGCUACAGAUAGUGCAGUGCCUUGCGCUAUGUUACUUGAUAUAGCAAUUAGUCUUCAAAACCAAUUAAAUCAGAUAAAACAAAAUAGAGGAAAUCCAACGUUACAAUUGAUAUUUUUUGAUGGCGAAGAAGCUGUUCGAGAUUGGACGAAGUCCGAUUCACUCUAUGGAUCAAGACAUUUAGCAAAUAAAAUGCGUUCUACAAAUGUUCCAGGACAACAAAAUCUAAAUCAAAUUGAUGCAAUGGAUAUGUUCAUUUUACUUGAUUUAAUCGGCGAUAAAAGUGUACAGUUUCAAAAUUUCUUUGAUCGAACGACAGGAAAAUAUUACAGUCGAUUACGAGAUAUUGAAAGUGGACUUUUUCGUUCUUACAAUAACAAUGCAUAUAAACGAACAGUAUUUUCAGCGGGCGUCAGCGGUAGCUUUAUUGAAGAUGAUCACGUACCAUUUUUACAUUUAGAUGUUCCAAUUCUUCAUUUAAUUUCUGUGCCAUUCCCAAGCACAUGGCAUAGAGAUACCGACAAUGAAGAGAAUCUCGACUUUCCAUCAAUUACCCACCUUCGGAAUGUAAUGAAAAUAUUUGUUAUUGAAUAUCUUCACUUAGAUCCUCAAAUAUGUUAA